CGCCGAUAGCCAUCGCAAUAGCAAAUCGUCCUAGCAAACUCUUGAUUCCUUGUGACCGUUGGUCCUGCCUGCUUCUUCUUGCUACUAGGGCUUUCUUCGUGAGAGUUCUUGACAUCCGGUGCAACCUCCCACUCCCCACACGCACAACCCACUUUCCAUACCCCGCUUCACCUCUACCCAGAAAGAGAGAGAGAGAGAGUAAUACCUCCUCAGCUUCACCCAAACUCCACCAGUCACAUCCCCAUCCCACCUCGAAAUCCAAAAUGCCCGGCUCCCUCGACCAAGAAAACGACCAGUCCAUGAUGGACGCCGCCCCGGAGCAGCAGCACGAGCAGGACGACGUCCUCGAGUUGGAAGAUAAGCGCAUAGUUGUCCUACCCGGAGCCACCGAAACCGCCGCAUCAUUCCAAUUCGACGGAGAGGGACACACCCUGGGCAAUGCGCUACGAUACGCGAUCAUGAAGAACCCCCAAGUUGAAUUCUGCGGUUAUACCAUCCCCCACCCCUCAGAGACGAAGAUGAACCUGAGAAUUCAGACUUAUGAUUCAACAACGGCCGUCGAGGCCCUGGAGAAGGGUCUGGAUACCCUGAUGGACCUGUGCGAUGUCGUCACGGACAAGUUCACUGUUGCGCGCGAUGAGUUCAAUGCGUCCAAGGUGGAUCGGAUGGAGUUGUAGGUUCUCUUCGAUUUGUUUUCUAGUGUUCUUUUUUUUCUUUCUUCUUUUGGUAUCAGUUGGUCUUCAUCCUGGCGUUGUAUCUAGAGAAAAGUUUCGAUUUCGGUUGUCAUAACGACCCAACAUUUUCUACAUGAUUGAGCCUUUUACUGUGUGUGUGCAUUGAGCGGUGUGUUUUCUGGCUUGGACGGUACAGUACAUAGCACCUAGUUUACCAUGAGUGGGAGACGGGCGCUUGAGGUUAAGGGACUGCGUAUAAGUUAGUAUAGAC